UGGUGAUGCCUGUCUCCCAUGAUCCCUCGCGGCGCCGAUAGUGCCAGUCAUUCUGCGGAGCGUAAAGAGCCAGCGGGGCGAAUAACAGCAAAUAAAACAAUAACAGCGUAAUAAUAAUAAUAAUAAUAAUAAUAAUAAACAUAAACACUCUUUAACCACCACACCCCGGAAUGAAGGAAACCGCGGCGAAGCGACGGGAGAAGCAGCGGGAAGCGAAGCCGGAGAAGCAGCCGGAGAAGGGCCCCGAGCCGCAGGACGUGGAGAUGCCGGAGGAAGACGCGUCCGCGGCGGGCAAGCCGCACAAGGAGCUCGAUACUCUCACCCUGGAAGAUAUCAAGGAGCAUGUGAAGCAGAUAGAGAAGGCCGUGUCCGGGAAGGAGCCUCGCUUCGUGCUGCGGGCCCUGAGAGCGCUGCCCUCCACCAGCCGCCGGCUCAACCCCAACGUGCUGCACAAGGCCGUGUCCGGCUUCUUCACCUCCAAUGCAGCGGGCCGGGAGUUCCUGCUGAGCUUCCUCGAGGAGCCGAUGGACACGGAGGGAGAGGUGCCGUUCCGACCCAGGACCGGCAAGGCUGCCGCGGCUCCCCUCCUGCCAGAGGUGGAGGCUUACCUGCAGCUCCUCCUGGUGGUGUACCUGACAAACAACAAGCGCUACGUGGAGGCACAGAAAGUCUCGGAUGAGCUUCUUCAGAAGAUUAGCUGUCAGAACCGCCGGGCCCUGGACCUGGUAGCGGCCAAGUGCUACUACUACCACUCUCGGGUCUACGAGUUCCUGAGCAAGCUGGACAUCGUGCGCAGUUUCCUCCACGCCCGGUUGAGGACGGCCACGCUGCGGCACGACGCGGACGGCCAGGCCACUCUGCUGAACCUGCUGCUGCGGAACUACCUGCAGUACAGCCUGUACGACCAGGCCGAGAAGCUUGUCUCCAAGUCAGUGUUCCCAGAGCUGGCCAACAACAACGAGUGGGCUCGCUACCUCUACUACACCGGUCGUAUCAAGGCGAUCCAGCUGGAGUACUCGGAGGCGCGGAGGACCCUCACUAAUGCCCUGAGGAAAGCCCCGCAGCACACCGCUGUGGGGUUCAAACAGACUGUUCACAAGCUCCUGAUUGUGGUGGAGUUGCUUCUGGGGGAGAUUCCGGACAGGCUGCAGUUCAGACAGCCGUCUCUCAAGAGAUCUCUCAUGCCAUACUUCCUUCUCACCCAGGCUGUGCGGAUGGGAAACCUGGCCAAGUUCAACCAGGCCCUGGAGGAGUUCGGGGAGAAGUUCCAGACAGACGGGACCUAUACUCUGAUCAUCCGCCUGAGACACAACGUCAUCAAGACAGGAGUCCGGAUGAUCAGCCUGUCCUAUUCUCGGAUCUCUCUCGCUGAUAUUGCACAGAAGCUGCAGCUGGACAGUCCGGAGGAUGCCGAAUUCAUUGUGGCCAAGGCAAUCCGAGACGGCGUGAUCGAGGCCAGCAUCAACCACGAGAAGGGCUACGUGCAGUCCAAAGAGACCAUCGAUAUCUACGGGACGAGGGAGCCCCAGCUUGCCUUCCACCAGAGGAUCUCGUUCUGCCUGGACAUCCACAACAUGUCUGUCAAGGCUAUGCGGUUCCCACCCAAGUCAUACAACAAAGACCUGGAAUCUGCAGAGGAGCGACGGGAGCGGGAGCAGCAGGACCUGGAGUUUGCGAAGGAGAUGGCGGAGGAUGACGACGAUAGCUUCCCAUAAUCCUCCAGGAACGCCCUCCUGCACGGAAACCUUUCUCUCUCUCUCUCUCUUUUCAGAUCCCUUCUCUUUUUUUUUAGUCUUGUAAAGGAGUUGCAAAUCAGACUUGUAUUAAUGUCUGUGAACUAUAAACGACUCUUACAUGCCGUUGAAUCUGUGGUGUUGCCCUUUUGUUGAGCAGAGAUAGAGCAUUGCUACACGGUUGCUUAAAUUCAUUAAUAAAGUUGAUAUUUUCUAA